UCUCUAAUAUUCCUCCAUCCGCCUCCCCCUCGUUCGAUGCGCUCUGCCAUUGAAUAUCUCUGGAUCCUCAGUACUGGCGAGAGCGGUGGUAAACAUGGCGUCGGAAGGGAUGAUUUUAACCAACCACGACCACCAAAUACGAGUUGGAAUUCUAACGGUGAGUGACAGCUGCUUCAGGAACCUGGCUGAGGACCGCAGUGGAGUAAACCUCAAAGAUCUGGUCCACGACCCAUCACUGCUCGGAGGCGUCAUAUCUUCCUACAAAAUAGUCCCAGAUGAGAUUGAUGAGAUUAAGGAGACAUUGGUGGACUGGUGUGAUGAGAAGGAGCUGAACCUGAUUCUGACCACCGGAGGAACAGGGUUCGCCCCCCGUGAUGUCACGCCCGAGGUACAUGGGGACCCCAAAGUUUGUGUUUGUGUCCAUGCCACCAAAGAGGUGAUAGAGCGCGAGGCUCCAGGGAUGGCCCUAGCUAUGCUGAUGGGCUCCCUUCAGGUCACACCUCUGGGCAUGCUCUCCAGGCCUGUCUGUGGAAUCAGAGGCAAAACCCUCAUCAUCAACCUACCUGGCAGCAAGAAGGGCUCACAGGAGUGUUUCCAGUUCAUCCUUCCAGCUCUGCCCCACGCCAUUGACCUGCUGCGGGAUGCGGAUGUGAAGGUGAAGGAUGUCCAUGAGGCUCUGGAGGACCUGCCCUCACCCCCACCGCCCCUCUCCCCGCCCCUCACCCUCAACAGCAUUGCCUGUACCCAGACAGAGGACAAGGGUGUGCAGUGUGAGGAUGAUGAUGAUGAUGAUGAUGAUGAGGAUGAUGAGAAGAUGAAGGACAGAUGCUUGAUGUCCACCGAGCACCACCACGCCCACCAUCUCCACUCCCACUCCCACGGACACAACUCACACAUCACCGCCGCCGCCAUCGCUGCCAAGAAGGGGAAGCCCCAGCACCAUAACCAUGCUGUUGUCAUGGCUAAAGGUAGCCACUAUCUACCUGGUCUGGUAUCUAACCUCCCCCCUGCCCCACCUCAUUACACCUGCUCCUGCUCUGGAGACCAGCCGAUAACGAUCCCAGACAGCAUAAUCUCUAGGGGUGUGCAGGUUCUUCCCAGAGACACAACUUCUCUGAGCACCACGCCCUCCGAGUCGCCACGCGCCCAGGCCACCUCGCGCCUCUCCACUGCCUCCUGCCCCACACCCAAAGCCCGGCUCCCCUCCUGCUCAUCCACUUAUAGUGUCUCAGAGGCUGCACGGAGAGAGUUCAGGGCUCACCUGGAUGAGGUCAUCAUGCUCCGGUCUAGGUACUCUACCUUGGACCAGGUUCAGUCACGGUGUGGCAGCAAAGAGAACAUCCUGAGAGCUAGUCACAGUGCAGUGGACAUCACCAAGGUGGCCCGCCGGCACCGCAUGUCUCCCUUCCCCCUCACCUCCAUGGAUAAGGCCUUCAUCACUGUACUGGAGAUGACCCCUGUGCUCGGCACUGAGAUCAUCAACUACAGAGAUGGGAUGGGUCGAGUCUUAGCUCAGGACGUCUAUGCCAAAGACAACCUGCCUCCGUUCCCUGCAUCAGUCAAAGAUGGCUACGCCGUGCGAGCGGCCGACGGUCCUGGAGAUCGCUUCAUCAUUGGGGAGUCACAGGCAGGACAGCAGCCGACCCACACAGUGAUGCCGGGCCAGGUGAUGAGGGUGACAACAGGGGCUCCUAUCCCCUGUGGGGCAGAUGCUGUGGUGCAGGUGGAGGACACAGAGCUGCUUCGAGAGUCUGACGACGGCACAGAAGAACUGGAGGUCCGGAUCCUGGUACAGGCACGCCCUGGACUAGACAUCAGGCCUAUAGGUCAUGAUAUAAAGCGUGGGGAAUGUGUCCUGUCCAAGGGUACCCACAUGGGCCCUUCUGAGAUUGGCCUACUGGCCACCGUAGGAGUCACUGAGGUGGAGGUGCAGAAGUUCCCAGUGGUGGCUGUCAUGUCAACUGGCAACGAGCUGUUGAACCCAGAGGAUGACCUGCACCCAGGGAAGAUCAGGGACAGUAACAGGUCUACACUGCUGGCCACCAUUCAGGAACAUGGCUACCCUACCAUCAACCUGGGCAUCGUCGGAGACAACCCAGACGACCUCCUUAAUGCCCUGAACGAGGGGAUCAGCCGUGCUGACGUCAUCAUCACCUCAGGAGGUGUGUCCAUGGGAGAGAAGGACUAUCUGAAGCAGGUGCUUGACAUUGACCUCCACGCCCAGAUCCAUUUUGGACGUGUGUUUAUGAAGCCAGGUCUCCCCACCACGUUCGCCACUGUAGACAUUGACGGGGCACGGAAACUGAUAUUUGCCCUACCAGGUAAUUUCACCUUCAGAGAUACAGGCGCCAUUUUCAUCGACCAUGUCCCCGACAGUGAGGCAAGCAGGGUGCUUGUGCCACCGCGCGGAAGUAACCCAGUGUCUGCGGUUGUCACCUGUAACCUCUUCGUCAUCCCUGCUCUAAGGAAGAUGCAGGGGAUCCUGGACCCUCGGCCCACCAUCAUCAAAGCCAGGCUUUCCUGUGAUGUAAAGUUGGACCCUCGUCCAGAGUACCACCGCUGCAUCCUGACAUGGCACCACCAGGAGCCUCUGCCAUGGGCACAGAGCACAGGAAAUCAGAUGAGUAGUCGACUGAUGAGCAUGAGAAGUGCCAACGGGCUGCUGAUGUUGCCUCCUAAAACAGAGCAAUACGUGGAGCUGCAUAAAGGAGAGGUUGUGGACGUGAUGGUCAUAGGACGACUAUGAUGAUGUCAUCUUACGAGGACAGAUAGAUAGACAGGGAGAGAAAGUGGUGCAUGUCCACAUAUCAUAACUAUUCUGUAAUAUGCAACGGCACAGCUAGUUUUUAUUGAUUUGGAUAAUAAAGUUCAUCAAGUAUAAUUAACCAACAUCUCGAACACAAAGUAAAUGAGUACAUACAUUGAUCAUGAAAUCUGAAUUUGAAAAGAUCAUUGUAUUUCAAAGAAAGACAAAAUGUUAUACCUUUUAAAAGUGAAAAAAUAAGAGAUUUUAUUCUGUAAUAUAUUAUAUUAUUAUUAUUAUUAUUAUUAUAAUUAUGAAUAUUAUAUUGUCAUAUUAAGCAACUCUGUUUCUCUUUCAUCCUCGCAAUUGCUUUGUGUGUUCAACCCUAGACCUUAUAGAUAGAUAGCAGUAGCAUUUCAAUAACAAGCUGUAGGUGCUCAAAAAAAUACAAAUACUAUUUUCUUAUCUCACAAAAAAAAGAUAGAAAAUACAUAUCUUCUUUUUGAACAAUGAAAACCCUUUUGAGAUGAUGUCAGAAGUCCUUCUUGGGGUAUGUCCUGAUUCUUCACCCUUCUCCUGAAGUGUUCACUUGCACACUCCCCGUCAUUUUUAAAGGCAUUGGAUUGGUGAAGGUAGGCAUUGACUGGAGGGAGUUCCCACCAUUACUAGAUCCAUGCAAGAAAGUAUGCAGGAAUAGAGUGAAGAAUCAGGAUGUAGCCUUGGUGCUCUGGCUUAUUAGGAGUGGUUUCAGGGUCCUGAGGGUGCCUCUAGCUAUCUGUCCCUUCCCUUUAGUAUUCUUCUCUUCUAUGCCUCAUUAUAUGGGCUUUAUAAUGCCUCAUAAUGGCUUCACACACAGCUUUGCUUGUUGUUUUGCUUGUGAGUCGUGUUUGUGUGCAGUUGCCAAAAGUGGUGGGUAUCUUGGGCCAAAAGUCAUAGGGUCACCAUGAUGAGACCUGGGCUUGUAUUCAUAAAGUGGCUCGGAGUAGUGAUCUAGGACCAGGUCCCCCCGUCUAUAUAGUCUUAUUCAUUAUGAUAAACUGAUCCUAGAUCAGCACUCAUACUCCUUUAUGAAUACAGGCCUUGAAGGCGGAGAAAGGCAGCGAGUUGCCUGCCAGUGCCCACUAGGCUGACUGUUUCCCCUAGCAGCCCCCCAGCUGCCCCCCAGGCCCACUAGUUGCCCCCCAGUCCCACUACUGUAGCUUCCCCUCCAGGCCCACAAGCUGCCCCUGAGUCCCCCUAGCUGCCCCCCAGGCACCCUAGCUGCCCCCUAGCUACCCACCAGGCCCACUAACUUCCUUCCAGGCUGACCGUUCCCCCUAGCUACCCACCAGGCCCACUAACUUCCUUCCAGGCUGACCGUUCCCCCUAGCUACCCACCAGGCCCACUAACUUCCUUCCAGGCUGACCGUUCCCCCUAGCUGCCCCCUAGCUACCCGCCAGGCCCACUAACUUCCUUCCAGGCUGACCGUUCCCCCUAGCUACCCACCAGGCCCACUAACUUCCUUCCAGGCUGACCGUUCCCCCUAGCUGCCCCCUAGCUACCCGCCAGGCCCACUAACUUCCUUCCAGGCUGACAAUUCCCCCUAGCUGCCCCACAGGCCCACUAGCUUCGUCAUAGUCUGACCUGGUACUGAAGUCCCACCCAGAGACAUGUAUUCUUUCACAUAUCUAAAUAUGUGCCUCUGGUCCCACCCUGUCCCCUGCCCUUCUACUUUACCAACACGGCCUGUUUUUCCCCACCCUCACCCCUACAGGACUGCUCACCUCACACAUACUAGUACAGAUAUGUGAGGGAACUGGAGGAGGGAGGAAACUUUGUCUUUUAUGUGUUUAAUUUCAGAAGGAAGAAACAGCUUAUUUAAAGUGCUGACUGCCUUUUUAACAACUAUUAAAACAAUGUACAGAAAAAUACAUGAAUACAAAAGAGUGAUAUUGUACAGAUUAUGGUGACCAGCAAUCCUGACUAAAUUAAUGAAGCAAUGGGGAGAUAUUGAACUCUGUACUAUAAAUGUUUUCUGUAAUAUUGAUGAAACUAAUGAAAAAUUAAAAAUCCUUGAUCAUUAUGUA